AUGGCUGUUGUGAUGACACGAUCAGUAUGGUCAUUUAAUCUUGAGGAGGAAUUCCAUUUGAUUCGUAGGGUGAUUGGGUUAUUUCCUUUCAUCUCUAUGGACACAGAGUUUCCCGGCGUUAUCUUUCAGUCGGAUCCAACACUCCGACAACCACAAAAUAAUUAUACAGUGAUGAAAGCCAAUGUGGACUGUAUGCACCUCGUCCAAGUCGGAUUGACCCUUUCAGACGGUCACGGAAACCUUCCAACCUUUGGAACCUCCAACCGCUUCAUUUGGGAAUUCAACUUCUGUGAGUUUGAUGUCACUUGUCAUCCCCAUGCUCCUCACUCCAUUGCGCUCCUCCGACGUCAAGGUAUGGAUUUUCAAAAGAAUAAAAAAUUUGGAGUCAACAUUGUGCGAUUUGCAGAGCUUAUGAUGCUUUCAGGACUCCUCUGCAACAAUCAUAUUCAUUGGAUUACUUUCCAUGGUGCUUACGAUUUUGGCUACAUGGUCAAGAUAUUGAGCCAUCGUUUUUUGUAUACACAACCACUUUUACCUCCCAACUUGGGUGACUUUCUGAAACUCGUUAAUUUUUUCUUUGGACACACAGUAUACGACGUUAAACAUCUAAUCAAAUUUUGUCCCAACCUUCAUGGUGGUUUAGACAAAGUUAGUGAGUCUUUAGGUUUGGAUAAUAGUGCCAGAAAAAGUCAUCAUGCAGGAUCUGAUAGUUUAGUUACUUUGCAUGUUUUUAACCAGAUUAGAAGACUCUAUUUUCAUACACAAAAUGACUUGGCAAAACAUGCAGGGUUUGUCUAUGGUUUGGAGAUGCUAUGA